AUGGCGUCUUCCGCAGCCCAUCCUUCCGAACUCCCGCCGGUUCCUGCCCCGUCGAAUCCCGUCCUCCUUGCAACCCAAGCGCAUUGGAUCUUCACCGAUGAGGAGCUUACACGGACGCCAUCGCAGCUAGAUGGCAUGGCUCUGGAGGCCGAGCAUAUGAGCCGCAGCAAAGGUGUCAAUUUUAUUAACCAGGUAGGAAUCAUGCUGAAGCUACCGCAACUUACGCUCGCAACGGCCGCCGUUUAUUUGCACCGAUUCUAUAUGCGACACAGUAUGGUCGACUUACCUCAACGACCGGGCAUUCACCCUUACACGACAGCCGCGGCGGCUCUGUUCCUGGCUACAAAGGUGGAGGAGAACGUACGACGGAUGAAAGAGUUGGUGGUAGCAUGCUGCCGGGUGGGACAGAAGCAGCCGAACAUGGUGGUGGAUGAACAGUCUAAGGAGUUUUGGCGCUGGCGCGAUACCAUUCUGGUACACGAAGAUGUUCUACUGGAAGCGCUGUGCUUCGAUCUGCAGCUCGAGCAACCGUAUCGCAUCCUCUAUGACUUCAUCUGCUUCUUCCGCAUGCAAGACAACAAGCCGCUCCGUAACGUCGCAUGGGCCUUCGUCAACGAUUCCGGAUACACGGUGCUGUGCCUGCAGUUUACCGCCCGCAUCAUUGCGGCCGCCGCACUGUACGCGGCGGCCCAGCACUGUGACAUUGGUUUUGAAGACGAUGUGCUGGGCCGGCCGUGGUGGGAACAGCUCGAGGUGGACUUGACCCAGGUGCGUCGCGCGUGUAUGCGCAUGGCAAAGCUGUAUGAGAAUAACGCCGCGCAUCGAAACGGCCUGUACUACUUGACCAACCCCAUCAGCACAGACGAGGGUACUGAGAAGACCAGGAUCCCGCGCGUGGAUGGCCCGGCGGACAACACGACACGCUCCAUCGAUUCCGGGCAUGAGGCAGACGCUGUCAACGGUCGGAAGCGCUCGCGGGACCCCGACGAUGAAACGAAGCCCCCACGCCCUUUGGCCGACUCGAUACCCCUGUUAGAGGCAGGGCCAGCGACGCAGAACGGGGCCCCAUCCCCAAAACGACCCCGGAGGGACUCAGUAGGAGCAUCGGCUGACCGAGUCCCGUCAUCUCGUAUUCCAAAGGCGCCUCUCCCUAGCGGCGGGCCGGCCUUCUCCCACGACCGCCCUUCUGCGAACGGGCACCCCCCUCCAGCACAUCAUUCGCACCCAAUCCCUGCGACCAGACAUACGCAUCCCUUACCACCGCCUCCCCGGCCUUACCCUCGACGGGACAGCGGCAGCCGGCCCGGGGGUGGGCCUCCAGGGCCACCUGUCGAUCCGAUUCAGCAACGGAUUGACGAGAUCGUGCAACAGAACAUGCCCACCCAGGGCGGUGGGCCUGGCAGGGCGGAACGACGACCUCAGGAACGGCAUCGGGGCGAUUGGGAGGCUGAGGCCGACUCGGGGCGACGGCGACGACCGUCCAUGUCCACAGGAGGCCAGCUACCGUCGCAGGAGGAUACCCAUCCACAUCCACCACCUCAGCAUCUCCCGCCGCCGCCACCUCCGGAAGAAGAAUCCUGUCCGCCGUCGCAACCCGAGCCGCCUCAGGCCCCGGAACCGGAGGACGAGGGAGGUGGCAGCGAGGAGGGCGAGCUAUGA